AUGAGACAGUGCUCACACCACCGGACAGAGCGAGAUGUUUGCGAGUUCGUCAAUGUACCGCCCCGACCUAGCAUUCUCUCGCGCCAGACUCCGUAUUUAUCUUUAGUGAGUAACAGAAAGCCAUUUAUAGCCCGUUCACGGCUGGCUUGGGACAGCGAACGGGCGGUUUAACUUGCGCGGCGAUGGUAGAUCAUGGCGGCCAUACAUGCGCCUUUGAAAAGAUCCUCGUUUGGUGAAUUAUUUUUUUUUCAAUUGAAUUUACUUUUUCUUUUAAAUUAGUUUCAUUAAAUUCAGAUUUUCUUUCAGUCACCGAAAUAUAAAGUAUAAAGAAAUAAGUCAUAAAUUCAGCAUUUUGUGGAAGGCGUACUGAUGCCGUGUUCAAUUUGAUUCCGCGAAAUGCAAAAUACCCGUUAUGGCGUGUUCAUCGGAGAACCGGAACAUGCUUCAAAACGAAAAAUCGUGUUCAUCAGCACGCCAAAGUUGCUCCAAAACAGUGCUAAUUUUUGUUUUGGAGCAAUUUUUUGCGUUUCGAAGCAAUUUUCGUUUUGUCCGACAAACACGCCAUUAGAGAAAGGAAAAGAUCACUAAAUUUUCGAGAGUCAGAGAUCAUUUUGGAUUUCGCGGAAUCAAAUUGAAAACGGCACGAUAGUCGUCAUGAUCUACCGCCGCGAAAAUUAAACCACCCGUUCACUGUCCCAAGCCAGCCGUGAACGGGUUAUACCUGGCGAUAAAUCGUUGUGGGACUAAGUUUAUCUGCGCCUUCCCGUAAUACCAAUUCUGCAUGUUUCCCGAAAUCAUUCUAAACGGAUAACGCGUCAAUUUUGAAAUCUCCAAAAUUACUUCGAACUUGGCAUAUAGGUCAUUCCGCGCCAGCUUGUCACGAUUUCCAGUUUAUUUGGAGCUACAGUAGCCUUUUCGGCGCUUCGCUUCAAUGCUCUCGGUGUGCCCCCUUGCGUGCGCCUUUAAUAAAACUCAGUGUUUCCGAACUUUGGAAUUUUCUUAUUCUACAAAAACAGUUGUAACAUCAAACUUUAUAUCAAACUAAGCCAAAAAUUAUAUGCAAGAAAAAGCUCGAACAGUCGGUUUCAUCAAUAACAAUUAAAAAAAGUAAUAAUUCAAUCUUUUUUUGAUUUUUUUUUUUGAAAUCCAGCACAGAAGCUGAGUGUGUAUAGUUAACGCGAAAAAUGAAAUAAAUCAAUUGAAAACAACCUCGUAAAUUAAUAAAAGAGAUAGAGGAAAUAUCUUAAUCAGAAAUAAUGUUUUAUUAAAGGCGCACGCAAGGGGGAACACCGAGAGCAUCGAAGCGAAGCGCCGAAAGGUGUUUCGCUCCGAGGAAAAUUAAAAUCGUGACAAGCUGGCGCGGAAUGACCUAUAAAGGAUGUCUGUCAUUGUUAUUUUAUACUUUAUCGAAACAGACUCCAAAUUAUCAAAAAUAGACGCUGACGUGGAAAUGCCACUUGGCAAUAGAGUGAGAGUAUAUAAAAACUACGCUGAGCUGAUCUAGCUAUUGAAACGAAUCGUCAUCAGACCAACGUCGACCAACGUGAGUUUGAAUCCCGGCGGAAGGCUUCUGGCUCCUCGAGUAAACACGUAAGCGGAGCACGGCAUUGAUGAAAAGCUUUGAACAUGUGUUUCCGAAAAAUCUCCAUUUUUAUAUUCCAAAUACUACGAAACGAUCACAUAGCUUAUAGCUGUUUGCCCUUAUGGUCUAUGUGCUAUGUGAUCGUUUCUACGUAUUAGGAUAUAAUAAAUAUUUUACUUCAACAACUACGUUGUCUAGCAAAAUAUAACAUUCUCCGCUUUCUUUGAAAGUUCGCAAAUUCUGUUCGAAUACAUCUGUACGAUUCACAGUGGAGUUCGCAAUUAUUGAAAAAAGCCAUAACCCGAAGAAACCUUAUUUUGCAACAUUUGAACUGGUAAUGGGAAGAGGAUCAGAGGCGGUCGUAUGCGAAAAAAUUGGAAAAUUAUUUUCCGCCAUCUUGAAAAUAGAGAGCGGCUUGGAAUUGAUCGCCUUAGAAUUGGUUCUGAUUUUGGUUUGGAAAAUCAUGGUUGGAAAAAGAGCCGGCCGAUUUUCUCGACUUGGAAGCACAUCUAAAAAUGACAAACCAUUGCAAAAAGAGAAGUUUCGUUUAAAAAGUUUGAGAAAUCAACGGAAGAAAGUGUACCUUUGGUUCUGAAAGAACGUGCUUUGGUUAGGAAUGAACAUGUUUUUUGUUCGGAAUGAACACAUGAAAAAGUCCCUUUUUGGUUAGGAUGAUUACUCAAUUGGUUCGGAAUGAUCAGGCUCGGAACCAAAUCCCAACCAAGUGAUGAUUGUAGGUCAUAGAAAACCUAAUCAGCUUUAAGAAAAAGAAAGUUUUUCUUGUGUUUCUUUUAAUUAUAUUGAUAUUUUUCAGCAACGGACACUUCGCCCAUCAUGAAGUGGAACUGUAUUGAAGGUAUCUUCUUUUCUUUUUUUUUAAGUUAUGCUUUUUAUUUCAGGAAGGUUGAGUCUGAAGCUGUUGCUAAUGAUAGCAAUGCUGAACGCAUUUUCUGCUGGUUUGCUUAUUUUUUCCCUUCAUAAAGUCCGUUCAGAUUUUGAAUGUCAAGUAGAAUGACGUCAUUCGAGAACGCUCUGCGAAUGCCUUUAUCGCGCCAUUAGGGGCGGAGCUUGAGCGAGGACUUGACAUUUGAAAUCUGAAGAGACUAUACUUUUCGUCGAGAAGUUUAGCUUCAUGACUGACGCGGGAUAGUAACCACGUCGCGAUUUUGUAAAAUCGCAAACCGCUUCUCUGUGACUUCACUUUACGAAAAACAAGAAAUACAUAAGUGAAAAUAUUUGUUCUAUAUAUUAAUUCACUUUGAUUGGAAGAAUGCGACGAGCCUGAAAAAUUUCUUCACGUUCAAGUUUUAAUUUGAAGUGUCCAUAAUUCUAUAGAGUUCAUAUGCUUUUAUCAGUUUGUUUUACCAUAUUAUAACUCGAAAAGUUCAGACUUCGUAUCAAAUAAGUUAGGUCAAGAUGACGUCACGAAAUAGAAUUUGCGUUUUAACUGAAAGUGUCGCUGCAAAAACUAUGUCUUUGCAAAAACCCAAGAAUGUUAUUAAGAUAACAUUUUAUGUCAAAUAGCUUCAGCCAACAGUGAAUAAAAGAUACUGAUGUGCUCAAUAUUUAGAAACACAUCGGAACGUUUGAGAAAAAAACAUUUUCAUAUCCUUUUUUGCUACAGAUUUGGGGAAAAUUGAUCCCUUGCUCCAUGACAAGUGCGUUGCGAUUUAUAGAAUCGAAAGAAUAAAUCUUAUUGGAAAAUAAGUUUCAUGAUCAUGAAAGCGUCUAGAUAACGAGCAUUCACUAUAUCAGCCUUGUUACAGUUGAUGAGAAUCCUCAACUUGCAGAAGAUUGCUGCAAGAGGCCCAUGACCGCGUACGCAGAUAAAGAAGGUUUCCCAACCGAAUGCGAAAAGUUGAAAUGUACCGAAGAAAUUAUCUACGCGGAUCGAGCUGAAUCUGCAAAAUAUGUCUCCAGUUUUUUGUUUGCGGUGGGAAAAAGCAGUACGAUCACCAUGGUUGGAAACACGACGACGUACACUGUGGCUAAUCUGGUAGAGAUUGUCCACAAGGGACCGGGUACGUUCCAUUUAAAACUGGAAAAAGGGAGAUACUGGCUAUUUUGAAUUAAUUUUCCGUUUAGGACUAGCGAAAAAAUAGUUUUGUACUUAUUUCUAGAUUGAGGAAACCUGCGCUUACAUAUCCCCACUGUCACAUUAGACUGUCAAAUUAGGCUUCCGUUUUUGGAAAAAUCAUCUUUUGUUUUUAGGUCCAGCAUUGACAUUGGUGAACGUCAAGUUGAUCGAUGAAUCUUUCGCGAAGUUAAAAACGAUCAAAGUGGACGACAUCUCUAUUUAUUGCGACGGCAGUAGCGAACUGAUCAAGAUAGAAGGAAGUAUCCCUCAACCUAUACUCGACCGAUUGCAAAAAGUGGAAAAUAAGGUAUUUUUUUUUUAGAAUAACGAGGAGACAAGAAAAGUAUAUUUCAGUUUGUUCAAAUUUUUUUUUUUCCAAAUUGGAAGAAAGUUUGUGCGAAGUACCCAAGUAAUUUAAUCGCUUCAGAAAAAACAUUUUAGCAGUUUUAUAACUCUCAAAGAAAUCACAUCAUCAAGCCGAUCGCUUCUAUUGUUUGUAAUAUCCAUCAAGUAGGCUCAAAUUUACAGUCGCGAGUAGCCUUCUAAUAUAUUUGUAAGAGGAAAGAUUUCUCGAACUAUUAAGAAAAAAAUAUGGUUCAAUAUUCAAACGCUUAUCGUCGGAAUUCAAAAAUUCACUGAAAUCAUGGGAAAUUUUUCAAAGGAAUUGUAUAUUAAACACUAUAAUAUUUCGUCAAAGGCAUAAUUUCAAAAAAGAUUUAUUGAGUUUUGAAAAGAGCAUUAGAGAAAAAAUUGAGCGCUUCUUAUUUCCCUUUCGACAACCUAGAAGCUCUUUGAGAGCAUGAAUGGUUUCAAAGGAAAACUCGAAAGAAUUCUCAGAAUAGUUAAUCUUGUUUCAGACCCUAACUGCAUGCAAGUCACUGACGACUACUCAGCCGACGGUUCUCGGCGCGACCCACGGAGCAGGAGUCUCGAGCUCGAACUCUUCCGCGGUGAUCUCCCAAUUGUGCACGCAGAAGAUAGAUGCCGAGAAGGAGAAGUGCUCUAGCAACAGUGAGUUUGGAAAAAAAAAACAACAAAACCACUGGAAACUGAAUUUUAGUGAUAAAAAAUGAAAGUGCUUUUGAAAAAAAGUAAUUAACCUUUUUGAAAAUUUAAAUUCAGUGAACAUAGUGGGUAUUAGAGGAUGUUAAUUGUAGAGGUUUUACAGUAAGAAAAUGUAGAAACAUAACCUUUUUCAGAUAUCAUUUUAUAAUUUGUUCACAUCAUUGAGCCAACAGUUCUUUGAAUUUUCGACAAAAUUAAGAAGAGUUAUCUGGACUUUUCUUCACAGACACGCUGCUGUACAUCGCCUGUGGAGGGAUAGUGGUUCUUCUGAUUGUGAGCAUCGUUUCGACGAUCAUCGCUCUCAAGCUCUACUUAUGGCGCCACAAAAAGAGUUGAUCUUCCGCGACAGUGAUCUACGGGUCAAAGAAAGGCGCCAAAUUUUCCCCCUUUUUAGCCCUUCUCUAUUGUCAUCUUUUUCUUUCUCGCCAUAUUUUUCUAUUCCUUUCAAGUUCAUUGUUCUUUCUAAUUAGUUACCUUUUUUUAUUUGUUUUUCGUUUAUCUAUUUUUAUUCAUUUGUAUCUCGUCUUUGUUAAAUUAAUUUCUUAUUCAAACGAGUAACACUCCUUUAUCCUAUUAAGUACGCGUUAAUAACUUCUCGUUGUUUUUUUACAAAAACGUGUUGGUUUAAUUACCCAAGUUUGAGGUUUCUCAACGUGGGAUCAACCUCAACCCUUGCACAGUUGUGAGCCGCCCGUUUUCGUACUCAAUUCUUGGAAGUUAGUAAAGAGUGGUAUUUGAAAAGAAAUCGUGUUCGUGUUAUAUAAAAAAACCGCGUAAUUACGCUUUAGAAUUGCAAGUCCUCGAACACUUAAGUGUUCACUAAGCGAGAGUCGUCGAGGGGGCAAGGUCUCAGACCCAGCCAGCGUUGCUUCGUCGUGUCUCUCUGUCGAAGCUGCUCAGACGACUGCGGAAAACCGUGUUGUGGCUCUUGCCCGCCGGUUCACCUUCUUUCUCCUGCAGCAGCCCAGCUAGGAAGAGUGUUGUGGCUCAGCCCGCCUCUCUCCACUGGAUACAAACCGGACGUGAACUUUCCAAAAAAACUUACUGAGAAAGCCCUGAAGGGGAAAAAAACCUCUCGGAGGCGUAGAAAUCUCUUUAAAAGUUAGUUAAGGGAAUACUCGUUUGGCGUUCUUUGAUUACUGAGAUUAGUAAAGUAGUGUUUAUAAUUACGUAAACCAUCUUCGCUAAAUCUACUAAAGGACCUAGUCCUAGCUUCCUUCGGUAUUGGUUUUUUUCUGAUAGCAAAAUUAAGAAUGUUCUUAAUUUUUUUAGUUACCAAAAAAAUAGAACUUAAAAAAACAACAAAGAAACAAAAAUAUAAGUAUGAGCUUCAAAACUUCGAGAAAUUAUAAAGGCUUUUGAAAGUAAAUGCUCGUUAAUGUUACAUUAAAAAUUAUUCCAAUGGUCUCACUUUAAAAAUUUUCCGAGUUUGGAGUUUGAGGCUUCGAGACAUUUUCACAGAACAGUAUCUGGGCAAAGUUCCCCAACCGUAAAUCCUUUCUUGUUAACAAUUUUGAAUUAAAAAAAUUGUUGUUUUCAGGUUCGUACGCCGCUCAAGUUUUCGACAGGGCCAUUUACAACUUAUGCGACCAAGAUUGUCGCUCGCGUUAGUUUUUUCUUUUCAAUUUACCUGGUUAAUCCGAUGAACUUCAGUGAUGCGAGUCUUUUCGGAUACGCACGCUGACGCUGCCGAUGAUGCACGUAAGAACUUGAACUUUGUUUUCUGAGCUUAAAUUUCUCGAGCUCAGUUCCGAGUCUCUUUGAACGGGUUUUCCUUUCUAUUUUUUCCAUGCGGAGCAAACUCCGGCAGAAAUUAUUUAUUUUUUUUCUUUCAGACGAUGAUGUGGCAAGAGAGAAGAAGUUGGCUGCGCGUCGAUUCUGGAAAGUCCAGCAAGGCAAGAAGUUGGAACCCGACGAUGACUUUGGGGAGCCGCCUGAUGAUAAAAUCACUCCUGUCACGGAUGAUGAAGUCUUCCGGCGGGCCAGAGAGGGAAUCAUGUCCGAAGACGUCCAGGAGGCGCUGCAGAAGUACGAAGAAGUAAAGGCGAGCAUCGUCAAAAAUGGAAAGUUCGAUCCUCCGAACAAUGUGAAGCCCAUCUCGGACACACGUCAGCGAAAUCAUGAUCUGAUGGCUGCGAUGAAGUCAUCGAGUCGGAAGAAGGUCAAGCCCGAUGCUCCAUUUUAUAUGGAUCCUUCGAUGUUCGUGGACCCAAAGAAGUUGGCCAGGGAGGGGCAGCUGCCGAAGAGACCAGAGCCGCAGUCCAAGGAUCAGACAAAGUCGUCGGUGCCCGCCUCCAAGGACAAGGUUCCCGCUCCUCAGACCAACCGCAAGCCUGCUGGCGCCGAAGCCGCUGCCAAACAGCCCGCCCCUGCAAAGAAAGACGCUAAAAAGCCGCCCUCGCAGGAGACCACUUCGAAGGAACCUGUCGGCAAGUCUACGACUCAGGUUAGUUUGAAAGAAAAAAAAUUUCGGUUUUUGAAUGUUAAGAAAGCUAAACUGUUAUAAGAGUUGACAGACGAAAGCUCAGACGCUUCGAAGUAGAGAAACAUUUGGCUUUCAAGUUGAUUCCGGUCUCAUCUUUCAGCUCACCGACAACAAAACUGCUGCUCAGGCUCCGGCUCAAGGUGCGGGUUCGGUUGAAGAACCGCUGCCGCCGCCAAGAGUCAGAGAGUCGGAGGUCGACCCAAAGUACGCUGGACAGAUCCCGAAGGACGUGACGCCCCGAGCUCUCUGCAAACCGUUGCGAAUCAAGACGUCUGCAUGCCCGAAAAUCUCCAAACAGUUCUCCGGAGAGUCCGACGAGCUGAGUGAGUAGCCUUGAAAAGAGAUGACAAAAUCAUUUUCCAAUUUCAGAGCAAACAUUUACUGUUCUAGCCAUGAUCUGCAACAAGUUCGAAGAGGUCCUGGAGGCUCACAGAAUAGGUAAAAUUAGAAAAAUUGCAGCUUUAGGAUUUAAAAAACCAGUUGAUCAUCAUCGAUCCAUGAUAACAUAAUUCAGCUAUGAACGUGCUCGUUAGGAUGGUGGAGGAUGCCGUGAUGUCCACGCGCGGAGCCGUAUACGAAACGACGAUUAUCCGUGAGCGAGAGGGCGAUCUACGAGCUCCUUUGACUCGGGGUUGCGUGCAAGGACGAUGGCAAAAAAGGCUGCAACGUCCAGGGUCAGUACUUCGUCUUGUUCGGAAGGCACUGGGAAGGCGUUGGGAAGAUCAGCGUCCAGUUCCGUGGAAGGCGUUCGGAAGGUUUCCAGCAAGUGGUCGAAAGCCUUCCGAAUAGCUUCCCAACACCUUCCCCGAAUUCGCCUGAGUAACUAAUUUUUUCUUUACAUCAUUUCUUUUUUCCAGACUUUUUGAAGGACCUCGAGAUGUUGCGCCAGAACGGCGGAGACGGUGAUACAGAACUCUACAACCUUCUCGAGAAUGGCGAGCGAUUCCGUGCCCAGAAGUUGGGCGUCGCAGGAAAAAACUACACAUAUUUCUGGAAUAGUUCGUUUUAUCCUUAUGCGAAUCCCAGUACUGACUGCUGACGGGGCACCUCAGAUCUUCCUGCUGUUUCGAGUAGUCGCCUCCUGGCGGAACUACCUACUUCUGGAAUAGUUCGUUUUCAUUUUCUUCCACUGAAAGUCGAUAACUGGAAGAAAAUGAAAAUUUAUUAAUAUCAAUGCGACUGAGGAAGUUUUUUAACAAUGUUAGCGCUUUGCGGUCGAUAAACUCGAAAUAUGGAAUUUUUUUUCAAUAAAAACGAGUUUCAGAGAAGACGACUACGGCCGAGGCGGUCCUUCCGGGAGAGACAUACGAGAAGGCCAUGGUUCGUAUGGAAGGUGAGAACUUCCUUUUUUUGUAGGUGAUUUAAGGCAUACAUGCGGAUUUAUUUUUUGUCAAAAGCGUCUAAAAAUUGCGGAAAAAAAUGUUCAAUUUUUUCAGAAGAGAUGGAAGACCUCAAUCGCGUGAUCGAUCUGUACAAGAUUCGCAAGUGCCGCCUCCGAGCGAACCGUAGGGCAACUCGGGGCGUCAAAAAGGCGAAGAUGUACCCCCAGCUCAAGAAGAUAGAUACGAAAAAGCCGAAAGACGACAAGAAGGUCGCCGGUGAGAAGAAGGAGAAGGAGAGCGAGGCGAAGGAAAACGAGAAAGAGUCCCAGGAGACCAGCAAGGAGAAAAAUUAG